CAUGAAUAGGAUUUCAUUUGUAAAUUAUUCAACAAGUGGUUUUCGUUCGAAAAAAAAUAAUUCUACUAUUAUUUAUAUUAAACUCAUCAUAGUUUUGAUAAUAUAAUUGGACGAAAUUAUCCUAUUUCACCUUGACAUUUAAAAUGGAGGUGGAUAUAAUUGUAUCAUUAACCUAGAUACUAUUGUCUAACUAAAUAGUUAAUCAAUUAAGAUGUAUCCAAUCAAAUAUUAUCAAUUUUUUUCGUCAAUUACUAUUGUUAUUCUCCAAUUUCUUUGGUCAAAUUUCACUUUUUUUUGAUAUCGUGUGACAAAUUUUAAGUGAAAAAUUAUGAACUUAACUAAAGGAAUUAAUAAAAAGUUAAUUGCAGUUAAAAUAAAUUUUUUUUGUCAAUUUUGUGCAAUUUCUUCACUAUUUAUUUAUAUGAAUCCAAUAUUAGCUACAUAUGGCUUAAAUUCAUAUCAAUUAGGAAUUACUUCAUUAUUUUCAAAUGCUUGUUCAUGUAUUGCAAGAAUUGUAUUCGGUAUGAUUGCGGACCAUACAAAACAUCGUAAUUAUGUUUUAAUGGCUUUAUCAUCUACAUCACUUGGUUUAAUGUUGUUAUUUUUAACAAUACCAAGAAAUAAAGAAUAUGUAUUUAAUGGAAACAUAAAUGAGAAUGGAGAAUUUGUAAUGCAUUUAACACCAUUAUUAAAAAAUGACAGUCAAAAUAAUUAUAUGGAGACGCUUUUUAAUGAUGGAUUAAAUAUACCACCAUGUUGGCCGUUGGUUUUAAAACAGUGUACAUCCAAUGAAAACUUCAUUAUAUCAGAAAAGAAUUAUUACCUAAGAGCCUUUAAUACUCACAAAUUAUCAAGAGUUUAUGUUGGAAAUGAAAAUCAUUCAUAUGAUCUGUCAAUACAUAUACAACAGAAGUUUCCGUUAAAUAAGACGAUUCAACUUAGUUGUGUAGAAAUUGAAACAACGAAUGGAUCUAAUUGUGCACCACUUGUUUGCGAGCAUAUACGGGAUGCAUCAUGGUCAGUUGUGAUAACCGUUUUAAUUCUACGCUGUUUAGUUAGCUCAGCUCAUGCACCAAUUUCAAAUCUACUAGAUUCAGUAACAUUUUCAAUACUUGGAUCAGAAAAAGCACAUUUCUAUGGUAAAUCAAGAGCAUUGGGAUCAUUUGGUUUUAUGAUUGGUUCUCUAUUAACUGGUUUUGCAGUAUACCAGUAUACAUCAAUAAAUAAUCAUCAUACAAUAAAUGAAACAAACUUGAAUCUUUUAUACUAUAGUAGUAAUUCAUUAAAUAUCAAUUCAGUGAAUCCGAAUUAUAUACCAGCAAUUAUAAUCGCUUUGUUAUCAGUUGGUAUUGGUACAGUUGCAUCAAUAUUUUGUAAUUAUGAUAACACAAAUUCUGUAGAAACACAUUUUACAAAAGCAUUAACCACAGCAAUACGUUCACCAACAAUGAUCCAAUGUUUAAUGGUUGCAUUUAUGACUGGUUUGAUUAUAUCAUUUGUCGGUGAAUAUAAUUAUCUUAUUCUCACUACAAUCUAUCAUGUACCACAUUAUUUUUUAGGUUUAUUAACAACUACAGCUAUUACUGUAGAAAUACCAACACUAGUAUUUGUUUCCGGUAUCUUUGUAAAACACUUUGGUGCGAUUGUAUGUCAAGUAAUUUCACAAAUCUUGUUAACUAUAUGUUUCAUAUUUUAUACGUAUUCAACAAACUAUUGGUAUCUCUUAAUUGGUGAAAUUGCCUAUGGUAUAUCUUAUCCAAUUUUAAUGAAUGCUUUAUUAUUACAAACGGAAAAAGUUAGUUUUGAAAAAAUGAAUAAGGAUUAUCAAAUUUUAGCUAGUUUACAAGCUAUACUAACAAGUACUAUGUAUGGUUUAAGCAGUAGUUUAGGUGGACUAAUAUGGGGUUUACUAUUACAAUAUUUUAAAGCACGCACAUUAUAUUUUAUAGCAUUUAUUUACACUUCAAUUUGUGCAUUACUUUUCCCGCUUGUCGCAUAUUAUUUAAACAAAUUUAAAUGUUAAAUGGUUUUAAGUGUACUUGGAUUUCUUUUUUUUGUUUGUUUGCUCACACGAAUAAACUAUGUUAUGAUUAUAAUUUAUAAUAAAUAUUAAAUUAACAGAAGGUGGUUUUGUGGAGAUUUUAGUAAUU